AAAAUAAAAAUAAAAUAAUAUUUCAUAUUUUAAUUCUCUUUUCAAGCAGCCAUAUUUCAAGAUAAAAUGGAUACCGAUCCAGCAAUGGCCAACUUCAAAGUGUUGUACGUUUUAACACAACUAUGCGGUCUGACAAUGAUCGUAUUGAUGGGUAGUUGGGUUGGUGUGCAUAUGGGUGGUGUAGGUGGCACCGAUAAUCCCGCAUUGGAAUUCAAUUGGCAUCCACUGUUAAUGACAAUCGGUUUGAUCUUCUUGUACGGUAAUGCCAUUUUGGUUUAUCGCGGCUUCCGUACACUGCGCAAAAAGACAUUAAAGGUAACCCAUGCUGCGCUACAUAUGGGUGCCUUUGUACUAACUGUGAUCGCUUUAAAAACUGUUUUCGAUUCGCAUAAUUUGGCCAAGACGCCAAUACCAAAUAUGUAUUCGUUACACUCUUGGCUGGGCCUGUCGGCUGUAUUGAUUUUCUCAUUGCAAUAUGUUAUCGGGUUUAUGGCCUACUUGGCUCCCGGUGCCAAGGAAUCAUUCCGUGCUGCAUUGAUGCCCUUGCAUGUGUAUUUUGGUCUAUUUGGUUUUGUACUCUCAAUAGCAUCGGCCUGUAUGGGCUUAACGGAAAAGGCCAUAUUUUCAUUAGGCAGCAGUUAUUCCCAGUUACCAAGCUCAGCUGUUAUGGUCAAUCUUUGUGGUGUCCUGUUUGUGGUCUUCGGUGGUUUGGUGGUAUAUCUGGCAACUAAUCCAGCGUAUAAGCGAAAACCCAUACCUGAGGAUACUGUACUCUUGACUGGUGCUGCGGAAUAG